AUGCCCCUGUGUAGACUUUUGAAGAAAGAUGUGGCCUUUGAUUGUGACAAAGAAUGCAAGGAAGCUUUUGACACCUUGAAAGAGUUGUUGACUACCGUACCAAUCAUCAAACCACCGGAUUGGAGCAAGCCAUUUGAGUUGAUGUGCGAUGCAAGUGAUUAUGCCGUUGGAGCUGUGUUGGGACAGCGAGAUGGUAAAGUUCCAUAUACCAUUUAUUAUGCUUCUAGAACUCUCAACGGAGCACAAAUCAACUACUCCACUACUGAAAAAGAGAUCUUGGCCAUAGUAUUUUCACUAGAUAAGUUUAGAUCUUACUUGGUGGGUACAAAGGACAAGAAGGGCAGUGAGAAUACCGUAGAGGAUCUUCUAAGCAGAUUGGUUGUGUCCGAAGAAGCGAUUCCUUUACAUGAUAGUUUCCCGGAUGAGCAACUCUUUGCGGUUGUUGGCACAACUCCAUGGUGCGUACUCGAAUCCGAGUUCCAAUCAAUUCUGAAUUUUUGUCACUCAUAUGCUUGUGGUGGCCAUUUCGGAGCCAAGAGGACAGCCCUCAAGGUUCUUGAAAGUGGUUUUUAUUGGCCUACAUUGUUUAAGGAUGCAUAUUUAUUUUGCAAGGCUUGUGAUAGGGGUCAAAGGACAGGCAAUCUAGGUGCUAGAAACCAAGUGCCGCAAACACCAAUUCUCGAUGUUGAGAUUUUUGAUGUGUGGGGUAUCGAUUUCAUGGGGCCUUUUGAACAAAUCUUUUCUAGAUUUGGUACGCCUAGAGUGGUGAUUAGUGAUGGAGGGUCGCACUUCAAGAGAUCCUUUCACGCUCUUCUAAAGAAGUAUAAUAUUUCUCAUAAAAUUGGCACACCGUAUCAUCCACAAACGAGCGGUCAAGCUGAAAUUUCCAACCGGGAGAUUAAGUUCAUCCUUGAGAAGACGGUAAACGUUACAAGGAAGGAUUGGAGUUAUAGACUCAAUGACGCUUUGUGGGCGUAUAGGACAGCUUACAAGACACCCAUCGAUAUGUCUCCUUUUAGGCUUGUAUAUGGUAAACCUUGCCACCUUCCCGUCGAACUUGAACACAAAGCUUAUUGGGCUAUCAAGGUAUGUAAUAUGGAAUUAGAUGCAGCUGGUGAACAUAGGAAACUUCAACUCAAUGAGUUAGAAGAGAUACAUAAUGAUGCAUAUGAAAGUUCACGCAUUUACAAAGAAAAGACCAAAGCUUUCCAUGAUAAAAUGAUUUCCCGAAAGAGUUUUGAAGUAGGGCAGAAAGUUCUUUUAUUCCAUUCUCGUCUUAAAUUGUUUCCGGGUAAACUUAGGUCCAGAUGGGUUGGACCAUUUGUUGUUACUAUUGAGUUUGCGCAUGGUGCAGUUGAAAUUAUUAGUCCCAAAACAGGGCUCGUUUUCAAGGUCAACGACCAUCGUUUGAAACCAUACUAUGAGCAAUUUCUGACGGAGAAUCAGGAUAUGGUCACAUUGAGUGAUCCACUCCCUCUGGAGGAGUAA